CAACCAAAUUAUGUUUAGUGCUCGAACCAGAUCAGAGAAUAUACUGAGACAUAACAGACAGAGCAUGAGAAAGACAUAUAGACGCACUUUGCUAUUCUGUCUGAAAGCCGAAAGGAUAGUAGCGCAUUUAACUCUGUAGGUAAAAUGAGCUUUGACUGACAGAACGUUAUUUUUUGGCAACAGUCCUUUAUAUUUUACAUAAUUCCCAAACAAAGUUACAAUGGUAGACGGCGGAUAUCUAAAACAGAUUGAGUGUCAACAUAGAAGGCGUGGACGUGGCAUGGACAGAGCAUUAUAUGGCUUAGUUCGUGAAGAAAACGGUGGAUUAUAUCGCAAAGUGCAAUACUUCCAGUGAAGAAACGGAGCUGCCUGACGGUCAUGAGGAUGGCCUCUUGGGAAGAGAAUUUGGGUCAGCCCAAUCACUCUGUGCUGGAGAUGGAGGGGCCACCGGACCUGUCCAGCUCCCUCUUCAAUCUCAGCAGCAGUUAUGGAGGCACGGGGGCUUUCCUCUGGCUGUUUCCGUCAGAGAACAUCACAUGGACCACCACAAGGCCCACAAUCCAGCCAGUUGCCCCUCCACGGGUACGGGACCAAGCCUUGGCCCAGGCGGAGAUCGGGGUGCUGGGGUUGGUGCUUGCCCUCACCGCUCUGGGUAAUGGAUUUGUGCUGUGGGUGUUGCUGCGUAGGAAGAAACAUCACGCUCCCAUGCACCUCUUCAUGGUCAAUCUGUGUGUGGCUGACCUGGUAGUGGCCUUCUUUCAGGUGCUGCCACAGCUGGUGUGGGACAUCACAGAGCACUUCCAGGGCCCUGACGCUCUGUGUCGCUCCAUCAAGUAUUUGCAGAUCGUUGGGAUGUUUGCAUCCUCUUAUGUGAUUGUUGCCAUGACUGUGGAUCGGCACUAUGCCAUCUGCUGCCCCCUGCAAGCGUAUCGCGGAGGUGCACCCUCCCGCUGGAACACCCCCAUUAUGGUUGCGUGGGGCCUGGCCCUUGUGCUCAGUUUGCCACAGGUGUUUAUCUUCUCGCGGUCAGAGGUGUCCCCCGGGGUGUUCGAAUGCUGGGGCCACUUUGCUGAGCCGUGGGGUCUUAAAGCAUACGUCACCUGGAUGACUGUGGCUGUAUUUGUAUUGCCAGCCUUUAUCAUCACUGUCUGUCAGGUUCGCAUCUUCAGAGAAAUCCAUGACAAUAUCUACCUGAAGUCUGAGCGGGUGGUGACGGCAGAAUUUAAGAGGAACUCUGUCUUCUUCCACUUUGCUCAGCGGGAGGGGGGCAGGGGAAGGAGCAGAGAGAGAAACAGACAGAGCAGACACAGUCAUCAUGCUGACAGCAGUCUCAGUCAAGCUCACUGCAGCCCUUCAUAUCAUGCAGGAGAGGAAGCGUCCUCCUCAAACCUUUAUGAUAGCUACUCUCAUACUCUACCCUGUAGGAGCUCUAUCUGCGAGCCUUGCUUUGGGACCUGCCCCUCUUCAGACAGCUCCUCCCCUUCCGUCCAAACCCACCUGCAAAACACCCCCAACCAUCUCUCAGACCCCUCCCAUUCUCAGUCAUUAUCAGCCAAUAGCGUGUGUGCAUUGGCUGGACACCCAAAUAGCUCUGGAGCUUCUGAACUGUGGCCAGGUGUGCUUCCAGAUGCUUUUCCCCUUCCGGCCGACUAUUCGCACCCGCCGCCUCUCCCAGGUGUGACUAAGGCCAUGUCUAAGACAGUGAGGAUGACUCUUGUCAUUGUGCUGGUAUACACCAUCUGCUGGUCCCCUUUCUUUAUUGUUCAGUUAUGGGCAGCCUGGGACCCCAACCCACCAAACCAAGGGGCUGCUUUUACUAUCCUGAUGCUUCUAGCCAGUCUAAAUUCCUGCACUAACCCAUGGAUCUACACAGCCUUCUCCAACAGUGUGUCCCGUGAACUGUUUGCACUGCUGCGCUGCCACACCGGAUCCCCACGCAGAGGUUCGCUGCCGGACGACUCAACCACAACUCACACAUCAACCAACACCAAGGACUCCAUAUACUGACCUCUGGCCUGACUCUACUGCACACACACACACACACCAGCACACGGCAAACACACCACAGAUGUGACAGGCUAGACCCUGUCCCAGAUGCCACUCUUUGCCCACGUGUUGAUGACAUAAUAGCGCAUAAACUGACAGGCAGUGCUCCAAAGUAAACACCUUUUUAGUAACUAAAAUGACAAAUGGGAUGCCCUACGGUCUUCAUGGACACGUGCCAAUAGCACAAGUGUGCAAAAAGUGUGCCGUUUGGUACAGGACUGGGGUAAUGUCCUGGCUACUUUAGAUUCAGGUACAUGGCGGUUACACAAUCUGAAAAGCAGAUACUGAUCUAUCAUCGACAGUGUUACAUCAAUUACAAAGACAACAUUUUUACAGACAGCUGUCCAUUCAGUUACAUGAGAGCAGACUGGAGUGAUGAAUCAGGAGGAAGGUUAGGAAGCAAAGGAUCGGAGGUCCUCCAUUUUUCUCCAUCUUUCUUUCAUGGAUGGUUUUCAUAGAUUAGGGUUGCAGGAUUAUAUCAGUCUUUACAGUACAAAGUAAGUGUGGAAAAUGCGAUAGUAGGAAGAGAAAAAAGGAUGUGAACAAUGCAUACAGAAUGGACAAAAGGUUAUCUGGCUGUACUCCGGACAACUUCAGAAGACCAGCGGCAAGAUGCUGCAAAUGAGAGCCUCGGAAGUUUAGGGGAACAUAUCCACCACCAGCAAGAAUGUUCUGAAAAUAACAGCCUGAUUGUGGGAAUCAAACACAGUGGCAGCUUAGUGACACAGCAACUUUCCGAAUCAUAUUUAAUCUAUAUAUCAAAUGUAAAGCGUUCAGAAGACACUGUGAAUUUAAUUGGUCUACAGUAUUAGCUCUUAAAUUAUUAGAAGUGCUGGCAGUGGAUGUUGCUACAGUGGACAGAAAUCUACAUUUGACUACCACAGCAGGAAAUCUCGUUUUCUGUGUUGGUCAUUUUUGUGGGUUAAUGUACCAAAGCAAAGACAUAACACAUUGUUUGGAAGCUGGUGAUUGCGUAAUGCAUUUCAGUACAACCAAUACUAUGUACAUAUCCUCACAGUCCUGGGAAAUCCUUGUAAAAAUCAGUGGGGGAAAAUAGCAUUUUAUUUUUUAUUUGUAUAUGCUUUGGGUGAGAAAUAACUUUUUUACAGAAGAAACAGGGUAAUGGUAAAUGAACAGCAAUACACAGGUCAUUUCCAAUCUAAAUAGUAGGUAGCAAAAUUUCGAAAGCAACUGUCACAGUUGAAAUCUCUAUUAUGUAUAUAUGUACACACUAAUCACUCAUUAAUUUGUCACUCUUUUAGCUCUACCUCUGGUAUUUGCUUAAUUUUUGUGUUACAUUUUUUUCUCAUCUGGAAUCAGGGGACCAUUCACAUACUUCAGAGUAACUUAUUUGUACAGAAAAUAUUAUAAAUAUAAUAAAGAAGUGUUAAAGGUUUAAGAAAACAUACUACGUUGCAACUUAAUUGCGCCUUAUUAUAAAAAAAAGUAUUUAAGAAGUAUUAUAUAUAUAUAUAUAUAUAUAUAUAUACAGUAUGUACAUGUAUGCUUCUAACACAGAGAUUCUUGAGGUACUCGGUCAGUGCAAUUAGGAUUUCAGUAGUGUCUGUGGUAGUUUUAGGAGGCUACACUUCUGCUUGCUUUAAUCCCACCACUGCAAAUUAUUAUUAGAAACAUGUAUUUCAAUCAUAAAUUCAUUCUGGAAGUCCAAAACUCACUUGAUAACUCUCAGCUUGAUAAGAAAUGAACUCCCAUUUUAGGAACCUUUUUGUAGUUUUGAAAUACAAUGAUUUAUCACAUUUCCUGGUUUAUGACAAAAUGAUUGAAAUUCUUGCUGAUUGGAAAUGCAUUAUAAUUUUACCCAUUUAACAGAAAAGCAACAAAUCGCAUAAUUUCCAUCUUGAUCGGGACAAAUAUACAGUUUUUCAAUAUAUUAUCGUCCAACAGUAUAUCAAUGACUGUGAUUAACUGUAAACUACUAACCAUUAGAUAUUAGUGAUCAGAUAUUGUAAACAUUGAGAAAACUAACUGCUAGUGAACUUUUUGUUAUACUCAAUGCAUAAUGAUGGAUAAUCAUAAAAUUAUUUAGCACAUAUUUAAUUGACAAGAUGUGCAGUACCUAAAAUACGAUCAACGUUGUAAUCAAUUAUUUUUUAUAUCAAUUUACUCUUUGUUGUUCUUUAUUUAGGUCCUUCUUAUUUUCUUCAUAAGUUAAACAUAGGACAUAUACAUAAACUUUGUGUGACAACUGCAGAAAAUCUUUUUCACCUCAAGAUCACCAUUUUUGAAUGAAUAGCUACAGUUGUAAGGCAGUAUGUGCACAACUCACUUGAAUAAAUUGAAGUCGAGUCUCAGCCAAUGGGUUUACAUCACUCACAUAAACUGAGUUUAUAUUAUUUAUCUCACCAGAUAGUAAAAUGAAGCUUUGCCUACAUGAAGAGGAAAUAAAGUUUUGAGCCUUGACCAAUUCUAAAGGUACUUUUAUGCUUAAAACCUUCUAUCUAGAAAAAAAUACUGAGUGGAUGUUUACAUACAGUAUAUGCAUUGCAAACAUUAUGACACAGUUGCACUGUUCAUUUAAGAUGAAUCGUAAUUUUAUGAGAAUCGACUAUAGAUAGUAACACUUCCCCUGUCUCUUGUAUCAGCUUCUACUGUUCCUCAUCCUGGAUACAUUGUGGCAUGCGGAUGGCUCUAUGUUUUUGGAAGGGCUUGUGAUAGAGCUCAAAAACUGAAUGCAUUAGAUAUGGAUUUCCAGAGCAGAGAGGACAGAAAAAACUGACUGCUUGUGGAUUUGCUUUCGGUUUACUCUGCCUCUGCUGGCUGCUGUGCUUUACCUCACGGAGAGAAGACAGGAAGACGAGUGCCGUGUCUGGGGUCUAAAGAGGUGGCCGCAUGUACCUGUCUCUUUCCUUUAUGCAAAGAAACCUCCCAUCAUCUUUAAAUCAAACCAAAAACAUGACAGGCAUCUUUGCAUCUCAAAAGAGAAAACCACACUGCAGCUUGACUGCAUAAGGAGAUGCUUCUGUGUUUUAAGGAAAUAUUUACAAGUUUAAUUCCAUCUGACAUCUGAUCAUCACCAUCAGAGGACACUUAGGAAGAAAAGAUUAACUGUAAUGCACACUACAUACUUACAUGCGUGUUAAACCCUGUUAACCGGUUAUUCAAGCCUGUGGUGUCAACUCUUAAAGGGUCACAAGUGGGAUGAGUGAACAGAGUGAAAUGGAUAGAGACUGGAUAUGUCUGGAAUGGAAUACUAGCUUACUGCUUACUGAAUACUGUGUAGUGCUGCAUACAAUGUGAUAGUUAUAUUUAACCACAAAAAUUGUUUUUUUUUAAAGAAGUCUCUUAUGCGCAUCAUAAAAGCUGCAUUUAUUUGAU